CUCCUUUAAACAAAUAAAUAACUUUCCUUUUAUUUUAUUUUUUUUUAUUUUUAUUUUUUUUUUUUAUUACCCAUUCCAUUCUUUUUUUUUUAUAAUGAUAUCAAGUAUAGAUGAUAGACAUGUUACAGAUUAUAAUGAUAAUAUAGGCCACAUUCAACACCAACCAUUUUAUUCAAAUGAUGAAGAAGAUGUUUAUGAAGAAUAUGAUGAAGAUCUUGACGAAAAUGAAGAUGAAUUCGAACAAGAUGAUUCUGGAUCUGAAUUAAGUAUUCCAGAUCCAAAUAUUGAUUUUGAUAUGGUAUAUGCCUUACACACGUUUACAGCUACUGUGGAAGGACAGGCAUCAGUUGUACGUGGUGAUGCAUUAACGUUAUUAGACGAUACCAAUUCAUAUUGGUGGUUGAUUAAAAUCUUAAAGACGUCAGAGAUUGGUUAUAUCCCUGCUGAAAAUAUUGAAACACCUUAUGAAAGAUUAGCUCGUUUAAACUCCCAUCGUAAUAUUGAACUUACGAGAGGGGACAUUCAAGAUGCUUUCCCAACACCUCCUUCAAAUAAAAUAAAGAAAAAGAAAAAGGUCACGCUUGCAAAGGAAGUUCAAUUUCAAUCACAAAUUAUAUAUGGUUCAAGUGAUGAAGAAGAUGAAGAAUUUAAAGCUGAAUUUGAAGAAUGGGAUGAACGAAUGCUUUCAGAUGAUUCUGAAGAAGACGAAGAAGAAGAAGAUAGUGAUGAUCCUUAUCAUUAUUAUGAUCAAUCACAUUUAUCUUAUACUAAGGAGAUGUCUCUAAACCAAUAUAUAAAUGAUGAACAACAGGAUCCUAUUGAUUAUUAUCAGAAUAUAAAUGAUAAUGAUAACAAUAGUGACAGUGAUAGUGAUGUUCGUAUUACAUCUUUUGAUUUAGUAGAAGAAGAGACGAUUAAAAUCUCACUUACGCCUUCUAUCGCACGUGAUAAUGAUGAAGAUUCUGAUAAUAGUAGUAGUAGUAGUAUUCAAUCUAAAUUGAAAAAAGCAGCUAAACUUGAUACAUUACUUGGUUCAUCUGAUGAACCCACUAAAAAAAAAUCAUCUCUAGGUCUUCGUAAAUUCUUUUCUCGUACAAGUCAUAAAAAGGAGAGUCAUGAAAAAAGGGCUUCAAAUGGUUCUAAUUCAAUGACGACGGAAGUUGCUUCCAUUAGUCCUCAAUCAACAACAGGGAAGAUGACUUUGGAUCGUGAUAAUCUCAUGAAUGCACAACAAGAACCUCAACUAUUAAAGAUCUAUGUAGGUAAUCAUGUAGCUUAUAAGCUAGUUCAAGUUUAUGCUUCGACUACCGCCUUAGAAUUGAUUCAUCAAGUGAUUCAAGAAGAUGAGAAUGAGGCGAUGUUAGAAGAAAAUGCAUAUCAUGAUUAUUAUAUCAUUGUCAAAACAUUAGGUGGAGAUGAAUUUACUUUAAUACCGUCAGAUAAACCCUUAGAGAUCUUUCAUUCACUGACUACUCAUUUAAAUACACCUAUGCCUUCACUUAGAAAGGCAAAACGUAUCUCUCAAUUAAUGGGUCAUGAGAGUCAAACUUACAUAGGUGGGCCUUCAUCGGAUACAGCUCAUGAAGAAGAACAAGUUCAAUUCUUUUUAUUUUCCAAGACAAAGCGUGUAGAUGAUGGUGAAAUUCAAAUUAAAGUGUCCUCUAUUAAAGCAGAAGAUGAAAAGAGAGUGGAUAAACUUGUUAAGGUUCCAUCUCGUAUGUUAGUUAAGAAUGUGAUUGAGUUAUUACUCGAAAAAUUUCAUAUCUUAAAUGGAGUUGUAACAGCAGCAAAUGAUGAUAUUAAAUCACUUCGUUUAGACGGUAAUGAUACGAUUAUUGAAUAUGGACUUGCAAUGAAUACAAAAGAUGGAGAAGAGAUUAUGUUAAAUUUGAAUGAUAAAAUAUUGGAUGUCUUUCGUGAUGAUGUACCUCCUAUUCAAUAUCGUCGUAGUAGUAAUCCUGAUCGAACUUCAAUUACUGUGAACAUUACAAGUCCUGAAAAAGAUGAAAUUUACUUUAUUUUAAAGCCAAUUGAAACAAGAUCAGUACAACUCGAACCCGAAAAAGAAGAAGAAGAAGUAGAAGAAAAAGAGCCACAAUCACAGUUACCGCCACAGAGACCUCAUCAUUUAACACGUCAAGAUACACCUAUACCUCGACAAGAAACAACAGUUCAAGACAAACCUCAGUUACCUUCUAUGCCUCAAUAUCAGCCACAAGUGAUCGUGAAUGAUCUUCAUGAUGUAAGUAGUAGUCCAGAAGAGGCUAUGUUUGAUAGUAUGAAACAACCUAUUAUCUCCUAUAAUAAUGAUACAAGAGCUAUUGAUACCCCAUCUACUUUUGGAAAGCAACCACAAAUACGACCUGAAUCUACAGAUUCUUUAUUAUUUUGUCAAGAUUUUGGUAUGAAUGAUUUAAUGAUUAUCGUUCGUGGAGCAGCAACAAUUCAACAACAAAAUAAGCGAAUUUCUCAUAGAAAUGAAAUUUAUGAAAUUUUCAAGGAUAGUCAAACUCGGUUAGAACAAUUAGAAAAGGAGUUGGAUCGUAUUAUGAAUGAAACCGUUCAAAUUUAUCAUUAAUUUUUUUCUAAACAAAUAAAAUAAAAUAAAAUAUAUUAUAUUAUAUUAUAUUAUAUUAUAUUAUAUUAUAUUAUAUUAUAGGUUUUGCAUAAAGAUAAAGGGAAGACUACUGCAUCAU